GUCUAUAAAUAGUUCAUCAGCAAACAGGCGUAAGGGAAAGGCAUUUUCUUUUCAUUUUCCCUGGCUGCGUCAUAGUGUAAUUUAAAAAUUGAUUGAAAGCACCCCGCGAACAACCACCAACACCAAUCAAGCGACCCAAUCAAUUGUUAUACAGAGAAGGCGGUGGUUACAAUUAAAGGGCGAAUCAGUGGAUAGAAUUUGCUGCUGUUCAUACAUACAUUCUAUCCACCACCAUCCGGUCGGUCGGUCGGUCGUCUUUUGUGUUUUUGAUCUUCUUUUCUGUUUUUGCUCUCCGAUCUGCGAGACUGAAUAUUUGUGACGUAGUAACAUGGCAUUUGUUGUUCGUUUAUGGAUCUGAUCGUUGAUCGUUGUUUUCUUAAAUUCGCGCAUACUAGUCGCAUAAAUUGAAUAAGCAAAUCAAAUCAGCAAAAGAGUGUGUGCGUGUUGUUUUUAUUCGCGGAGAGGAGGUAACCUUGGAUCACAACAGCACAAGAGCCAUUCGACAGCCAGCCGCAACAAGUUAUCAUUUCUACGCUGCCCUCCAUCCCGUUUCAGUCAGUCAGUCAGUCAAGUCUCUGUCUGAAGCUGUAGGAGUAUAUCAAAAAUUCCAUAAUUUUUCCUCACUGUGGUGAUAUAUAGACAUUCUUCGGUGGAAGCAAUGAUAAGAAUAUUUUCCGUGCAUUGCGAAGAACAUACAGAGUAUACCCAUAACCAUUAAGCUAGCUGCGCAGAAUACGUACUGGUUUGAGUUUUAUUAGAAACAAAUGAUCUGAACGUACACUUUCGAUUUCCCUGGCACAUUAAGAAUUUCUGGAGAUCAAACUCACAUCAUCAACAUGAUUCACGUUGGCGAAAACACAUGGAAUCUGCGUGUUUUCAUAACAGACCUACAGGUGGAGAAACAUCUGCGGGUGAGGGGAGACCAGCAUAUAGGUGGCAUUAUGCUGCAGUUGGUCGAUCCUGAGCAGCCCAAGGAUUGGUCUGAUCACGCGCUGUGGUGGCCUGAGAAGAACAUUUGGUUGGCUCGGACACGCUCGACUUUAGAUCAGGUGGGUGUACAAGCCGAUUGCUUGCUACAUUUCACGCCCAUGCAUAAGACGUUACGAGUGCAGCUGCCCGAUUUGCGUUACCUCGAUUGCCGUGUUGACUUUUCAACGAAAACCUUUGCCGCUGUAGUAAGUUUGUGCAAGGACCUUGAUAUACGUCAUCCCGAGGAAUUGUCUUUGUGUAAACCCUUGGAGGCGGAACAUUUGAAGAAGAAUUUCGGCAAAUUUCCUCCCAAAAAAGUACCAAUUAUGGAACCUAAUGGUACGGUAUAUCUUCAGCCUGCUCCAGAUACGAACUCCUUCAUACCCAUGAACUCAGCCUAUAAAGGCGGUAGUAUUGGCAGUUUGGAUAGGACACCGAAUGGAAACCAUCAAUGUUCACCCAUGUCUCCGUAUGGAACUACGCCCAGAAGAGGAAUGAGUUCUGUGCCCGUUACGCCCAGCUCUCCCAGCUGGAAGCAUAGCAGCAAUGGCUAUGCAACCUUCGAUUCAGGCUCUAGUCUAGGAGACUUCCAGGAAAACUUGGCCGCUUCACCACGUUGCCCAAGUCCGGAUGUAAGGGCCCGUAUUUUACGCCCCAAGACAUUAAUCGAAAAGGCUCGCAUGAAUGUGGGCUGGUUGGAUUCAUCGCUCUCAAUUAUGGAACAGGGCAUUCGAGAGUUUGACACUCUGUGUCUGCGCUUCAAAUAUUACACGUUCUUUGAUUUGAAUCCCAAAUACGAUCAGGUACGCAUAAAUCAACUCUAUGAACAAGCUAAAUGGGCGAUUUUAAAUGAAGAAAUAGAUUGCACAGAAGAGGAGAGUUUAAUGUUUGCCGCUCUACAAUUCCAAGUGAAUCAGCAGAAUGAAACAUACCAAGGAUUUAAUUCGCGUUUGGAUUCAUCAAUUGUGGGCAAUGGUGGUAGUGGUGAAGGCGGAACCGAUGACGAUAUUGAUUCAGCCCUUAAUGAGCUACAAAUUUCGCUAGAAGGUGGAAGUACGCAAUCGGACGGUAAUAUAACAAGAAUCCCAGAGCUAACUGACUACUUGCGUUUCUUUAAACCGCGCAAGUUUACAUUGAAGGGUUACAAACGAUAUUUCUUUGCAUACCGAGAUCUACAUUUACAUCUCUACAAGAGUGCCGAAGAAUCUCGACGAGCUGCCCCAGCAAUAACCAUUAAUUUACGAGGUUGCGAAGUCACCCCCGAUAUUGUUUUAUCUCAGGGAAAAUUUGGAAUUCGUUUGGAAGUACCCCCAGAGGGUAGCAAUGGGCCCAACAGUGAAGUUUGGAUACGGUGUGAAAACGAGGACCAGUAUGCCAAAUGGAUGGCCGCCUGCCGCCUGGCAGCCAAAGGGCGUUCCUUGGCAGACAGUUCAUACGACAGUGAAGUUUCCAAUAUAAAAACAUUAUUGAAUUUACAAAAACCAGCACAUGGAGUACCUGUUAACAUUGACCCUCGGUCCAUUGAGACAUUCGAAUAUUUACCACCCAGAAUGUUGCGAAAACUUUCCGGCAAGGCAGCACAUCGCUUACUCGAAGCACACGCAAAUGUUUCCAAAUUGCCCUUAAUCGAUGCCAAAAUGAAGUACAUACAAGCCUGGCAAUCGCUACCCAAUUUCGGCGUAUCCUUUUUUGUCAUCAAAUUCGAUGGACAUAAGAAGGAAGAGCUUUUGGGUGUAGCCUACAAUCGCAUUAUGCGCAUGGAUCUAAACACUGGCGAUCACAUCAAAACCUGGCGUUACAAUCACAUGAAAGCCUGGAAUGUCAACUGGGGCAUUAAGUGCAUGAUGAUCCAAUUUCACGAUGAAAACGUUGUAUUUUCCGUUCUGUCCGCCGAUUGUAAGGUGGUACACGAAUUUAUUGGUGGCUACAUCUUUAUGUCAAUGCGCUCUAAAGAAAAUAAUCAAACGCUGAACGAAGAAAUGUUCCAUAAACUAACAGGUGGCUGGGUAUAAAAUUGGAUAUGGUAAUGGUGUAAAGAAACCCGAUUCCCAAACACACAUACACAAGUAUGUAUUUCUGGGAUCAUGGGUCAUGGAAUAAAAACAUAGUUAAUUUUUAAGUGCCAAGCACAGUAAUUUUUUGCAUCUGAUUUGUGUGUAUGUAUUAACCAAAAUAAACGAUGUAUCAUUCUAAA